ACUGCGGGCGCCGCUGUCGUCUGUUGCCGCGCCGCCCUGCCCGCGCUGAACCCGGCUUCCCGAGCCCAGCUCGGAGCCCGGUCCUGCGGCCCCAGCGGACGUCCGUCCCCGGCUCAGACCUGCACCUGAGCGCGCCCGGGCUGGUGGGGUCCGGGAUCACGGCGGCGGCAUGGGGAAAUUUCAGUCCAAGCACGCAGCCGCCGCAGCCUGCAAGCGGAGAGAGAGCCCCGAAGGGGACAGCUUCGUGGUGUCCGCAGACGCGAGCGGCCGCAAAGGCACGGAGGAGGCGGAGCGGCGCCCAGGCGGCGGCGUGGAGCGCCGCGUGCGGGACAAGCAGGAGCUUCCCAGUGGGGACCCCAAGGAUGGGCCUUUCCGGGAGGACCAGGUGCCCCUAGAAGUGGCGCUACCCCCCGAGAAGGCCGAGGGCCACAGGGGCCCAGGACAGCUCUUCAGCAUGGACGAAGGGGAGAGAGCCGCAAACCGUGAGGGCUCGCGAGGCCUGGGCAGGAAGCGCCUGAACAUUGACCAGGCCCUUCAGUGUGAUGUCUCGGUGGAGGAGGAUGACCGCCAGGAGUGGACAUUCACGCUGUAUGACUUUGACAACAGUGGGAAGGUCACCAGGGAGGACAUGUCCAGCUUGAUGCAUACCAUUUAUGACGUCGUCGACGCCUCCAUCAACCACUCCUCAGGCAGGAGCAAGACCCUCCGAGUGAAGCUGACCGUCAGCCCUGAGCCCUCUAGCAAGAGGAAGGAGUGUCCUCCCACCAACGAGGACCAGGAGCCCAAUCGCAGCCAGAUGGAGAGCGAGCUUGCAGAGGAUGCCCGGGUUGCAGAAAAGCGGCUGUCUGCCCACGUCGGGAGGCCCAGCGUCGAGCCCCAGCCCUGCUCUGUGCGGGGGCCCUACUGCGUGGAUGAGAACACCGAGCGCAGAAACCACUACCUGGACCUGGCUGGGAUCGAGAACUACACCUCUAAAUUUGGCCCAGGGCUGCCGGAGCAGGCAAGGCAGGAGCAGCAGGGCAGGGCCGCCUAUCUCCAGAGCAGGUCCCGCUCCCAGGAGCCGGACACCCAUGCUGCCCAUCACCGCAGGUCCCAGAUGCUGGCCGAGCAUGCCAUGCCAGUUCCCGAGCCCACUGUGAGGGCCCUGGACAUGCAGCCCCGGCUGAAGGGGCAGGAGAAGCAGUUCCUCCGGUCCCCCAAGGGCCCAGGGAAGCCACUGGGGCUGGGAGGCAGCAGCAAGCCGGGGAAGGCCCUUGGCUACUACCUGCCGGCUGCCUCGUUCCCCCAGGCCCCUCGGGACGGCCACCACCUCCCACAGCCCCCUCCACAGCCCCCACCACAGCCCUACGGCCACAAGCGAUACCGGCAGAAGGGCAGGGAGGGCCCCUCGCCACUCAAGGCCCCACACGGCCAGCCUGUGGUGGAGCACGAGGCCUUGCGGGACCUUCCAGCCGUGCCGGGGGCCGAGGGCUACAUGGUGCCCGUGGUCCAGCGGCAUGAGCACCACCACCAUCACCAGCACGAGCACCACCACCACCACCACCUCCACCACCUCCUCCUCCUCCCAUCCUAGCACCCGCCCUGACCAUGCAGGCACCUCCUCCUCCACCACCACCACGUCCUCCACCUCCACGUCCUCCUCCACCACCUCCUCCUCCUCCACUACCACCUCCUCCACCACCUCCUCCUCCUCCACCACCUCCUCCUCCUCCACCACCACUUUACAACCUCCUCCACCACCACCUCCAGCACCUCCUCCUCCUCCUCCACCUCCUCCACCACCUCCUCCUCCACCACCACUUUACCACCACCUCCUCCAUUACCUCCUCCUCCACCUCCUCCUCCUCCCAUCCUAGCGCCCGCCCCGACCAUGCAGGCACCUCCUCCUCCACCACCACCACGUCCUCCUCCACCACCUCCUCCUCCUCCACUACCACCUCCUCCACCACCACCUCCUCCACCACCUCCUCCUCCACCACCUCCUCCUCCUCCUCCACCACUUUACAACCUCCUUCACUACCACCUCCUCCACCACCACCUCCAGCACCUCCUCCUCCUCCUCCACCUCCUCCACCACCACCUCCUCCUCCACCACCACUUUACCACCACCUCCUCCAUUACCUCCUCCUCCACCACCACCACGUCCUCCACCUCCACGUCCUCCUCCACCACCUGCUCCUCCUCCACCACCACCUCCUCCACUACCACCUCCUCCACCACCUCCUCCUCCUCGACCACCACCUCCUCCUCCUCCACCACCACUUUACAACCUCCUCCACCACCACCUCCAGCACCUCCUCCUCCUCCACCACUUUACCACCACCUCCUCCAUUACCUCCUCCUCCUCCCAUCCUAGCGCCUGCCCCGACCAUGCAGGCACCUCCUCCUCCACCACCACCACGUCCUCCUCCUCCACCACCUCCUCCUCCACCACCUCCUCCUCCUCCACCACCUCCUCCACCACCUCCUCCUCCUCCUCCACCUCCUCCUCCAUCACCUCCUCCUCCUCCUCCUCCUCCCGUCCUAGCACCCGCCUCGCCCACCCCAGGCACCUCCUCUUCUACCACCUCCUCCUCCUCCCGUCCUAGCACCCACCCCAGCACCUCCUCCUCCACCACCACCACGUCCUCCACCACCACCUCCUCCUUCUCCACCACCACCUUUACCACCACUUUCAUCACCACCACCUCCAUCACCACCUCCUCCACCACCUCCUCCUUCUCCACCACCACCUUCACCACCACCACCUCCAUCACCACCUCCUCCACUACCUCCUCCUCCACCACCACCACCACCACCACCUCUUCCUCCACCACUAUCUCCACUACCUCCUCCAUAAUCACCACCUCCUCUUCCUGUCCUAGCGCCUGCCCUGCCCACCCCGGGCACCACCACCACCACCACCACCACCUCCUCCUCCACCACCACCACUACCUCCUCCUCCACCACCACCUCCUUCACCACCUCCUCCACCCAUCCUCCUCCACUACCACCAACACUGCCACCACCUCCUCUUCCACCACCUCUUCUACCACCACCUCCUCCUCCUCCCAUCCUAGUGCCAGCCCUGCCUACCCCAGGCACCACCACCACCACCACCUCCUCUACCACCACCUCCUCACCUUCUCCAACCACCUCCACCACCACCUCUUUCACUACCUCCUCCUCCAACACCUCUACCACCUUCUUUUCCACCACCUCCUCCUCCACCACCACCUCCUUCUCCACCUCUUUCUCCUCUUCCACCUCCACUACCACCAUCUCUUCCACCACCACCACCUCCAUCACCUUCACCACCUUCACCACUUCCACCACCUUCACCAUCUCCACCACCUCCUCCUCCACCACCUCCACCACCUCCUCCUCCUGCCACCUUAGCACCCACCCUGGGCACUACCUCCUCCACCACCACCAGCACCUCCGCCACCGCCUCUUCCUCCACCACCACCAAAACCUCCUUCACCACCACCUCCACCAUCACCAACUCCUCCACCACCACUACCUCCUCCUCCACCACCUCCUUCUCCUCCCUUCCUAGCGCCUGCCCUCACCCACUCUGGGCACCACCACCACCUCCUUCUCCCUUCCUAGCGCCUGCCCUCACCCACUCUGGGCACGACCACCACCUCCUUCUCCUCCCUUCCUAGCGCCUGUCCUCACCCACUCUGGGCACCACCACCACCACCACCACCUCCUUCUCCUCCCUUCCUAGCGCCUGUCCUCACCCACUCUGGGCACCACCACCACCACCUCCUCCUCCCCCCAUUCUAGUGCCUGCCCCAUCCACACUGGGUGGCACCACCAGCCCGAGCAUCCACCACCACCACCUUCUCCUCCAGUCCUAGGGCCCGCCCUGUCCCCUAUCCACCCUGGUCCUGUGGAUGCAGCUCAAGUGCCCUGUGUGAAGUCCGGUGCAGAGCCUGGUGUCCUGACCCUGCACUGGUUCCAGAGGUCAGGUGGGCACAGCCGGGGUAACACCAGGACAGACAUAGGCAGGCAGGGCUCUGCUCAGUUUCCCAUGGAUGCAGGUGGUCAGAUGCCACUGUGGUUCCUGCGAUGAGCAGUUGUCUGUGAUCAUGAAAACUGUGCACAGAAAAUGCACUUCACUUGCUGCUGUUCAUGCAUCCAAAGCGGGCCCAGGGCACAAGGGGUCUGCUGCGUGGCUCUCAGCACACCCUCCGGCAGGGUGUCACCUCUAAGUUAGGCUGUCCCUGUGCAAGCAGGUGGAGGGAGAUGAGCCCCUUGGAACAUGUGUUCUCUGUGAAGUCAGGUGCAGGGCCUUCCUGAGCACACCAAGUGUCCUCCCCAAACACAAGUCAUGGGGAGAGGGGCGGCUGCCGGCUUCAGCAAGAAGUGCCAGUGCUGGGGCCGGAGAAGAGGUGGUGGCAAAGUGCUCUGUGACAGCGCAGCACGUGGGUCCCCAGCGUCUGGGUGGGCACCAGCAGAGAGGUGCAGGGUCAGGAGGUGAGUCUCACACUUGUCUUGCCCAACCAAGCGUCUUCCCCGGGUGAGCAGGUGUAGGACGGGAGCUUGGCCUGCAGAGGCCGUGAGAUCCCUCCCGCAGCCUGAGUCUGCGGGAUUAUGGGCUUUCUCUCCUUGGGUUGCUUUUGAGGAUAAAGCCAAUCGGUGGCCUGCU